UUACCUCUUUCUGCCUGUUUGCUCAUCCGUAAAAUGGGAACUGUGACUGAGUCUACUUUGAAUCUGAUUAUGCUGCAUGAACUCAGAAGACAGGGCUCAGUUGAGUGACUGCUCAGUUUACAAGAGCUGUUACUGUAGUUGGGAAGCGCCCUGAGACAUACAUGGUAAGAUCGGUAGCCUAGGAUAAAGGGGGCCACCAUGAGAGAGACCCCAGAGGGAAACUGUUCUAGAGAAGAGAAAUGUCUUGCUAAGGUCACACUGUGCCCUGGUAGCGAGCACAGGGCAGCCUGCUCCGCCCAAGUUUCCAGCCUUCUCAGCUGAGUUCUGGCCCAUCAGGCUAAGCCGGAGACUAAGCCUCAAGAAAGCAGGCAUUCGUAGGAAAGGGGUCCUGUAAGUCCCAAAAGCCACCUUUGCUUUGGAAGGUCUCCAAAAGGAACCUCAGAUGCACUUCUCCAGAAGGCCCUAGCAUUUUUGCCUGCCCCCAUCCCCACCCCGCAACAACUUCUGCCCUCUUCAGGGAUCCACCAUUCCUAUUCCUAUUGCUGUGAGGUAUUAUAACCUUUAACAGGUGGAAAGAAAACUUCACCUCAGCCAGGUGGUAUUGAUACCCAUCCAAGACAGGGGACAAGUUGAGGCUUGGACAGAUCCAGAGAUUGGGAAUCCAGGUCUUUGAGUGUACCUUCUGCAAGCACAAUGGUACAUCACCUCAUCCACGGUGUGUACCAUGCCUUAGCACUGUGUGCCCUCUGAGAGGCCCCCAAUUUCUGGCCACACACUCAAUCUGCAGCAACACCUUUUACACUGGAAGUGAUGCAAAGUCAGUCCCUGGGUUAAUGAACAUAUCUUCUUAGGUAUUAAACCCAGUAUUUAUAAAUAAAUGACCACAGAAUGGUGUAGAAAACUUUAAAAGUUUUGGAUAUUAAGUGUUGGCUGGGCCAGGCGCGGUGGCUUACGCCAGCACUUUGGGAUGCCAAGGCGGGCGGAUCACUUGAGGUCAGGAGUUCAAGACCAGCCUGGCCAACAUGAUGAAACCCUGUUGUCUCUACUAAAAAUACAAAAAUUAGUCAGGCAUGCUGGCACGUGCCUGUAAUCCCAGCUACUUGGGAGACUGAGGCAGGAGAAUUGCUUGAACCCGGGAGGCAGAGGUUGCAGUGAGCCGAGAUCGCACCCAUUGCACUCCAGCCUGGGCAAAGAAGAGAAACUCUGUCUCAAAAAAAAAAAAAAGUGUUGGCUGGGGGUGUUGACUCACACCUGUAAUCCCAACACUUUAGGAGGCCAAGGCGAGAGAAUCACUUGAGCCUGGAAGGUGGAGGCUGCAAUGAGCCGUGAUUGUGCCACUGCACAACAGCUUGGGUGACAGAGUGAAACCCUGUCUCAAAAAAAAAAGUGUUUUUUCAUCCAUUAGGAGUGUUUGGAUGAACUCUCUCAUGGUGUGAUUUCUGAGGGUUGGACUGGCAAUGAAGGCUGUGUUCAGGAAGUUUCUUGCCCUGCUUCCUGGACAUGCGUUUCUUACCAAAACUCCUGGAGCGAUGCAUUGGAAUCGGACUUCUUAUAUAGUACAAAUAUGAGAAAGCUGGGUGAGAGGCACUGAAACCUACAGGAAAUCAAACCUUGGGUGAUGAGACUGGAAGGGUAGAGGAAAAACAACACCACUUUGCCUGAGCCUCAGCUGGGUGGGUGCAGGUCAAAGUUCGGAGGUAUCAAGACGUUUCAAAGAGAAAAUUACAGGACCCAGCUUCAGCUUAUCUUCUCUCUCUGGCUCCAGCACUGCAAAGUAUACAAAGGACCUGGUGCAGAGGAAGGGAAGUCUGUGGUCCAGAGUGGCACCUGAAGAUGAGCAUUUCGCAACUGGGACUCCUCCCUGCCACCUGGCCUCCCCUACUCAAUGAGCUUUUCCCUGUUGCUCUAUGAAGAACAUAGAUGUGUCCAUGAAGGACACUGGUGAAGGAGCAGUGAGGAACGUGCAGAGUCACACAGUUGCUGACCAAGUGAGCUGUGAGCCUGGAGCAGAUCCGUGGGCUGCAGACCCCAGCCCCAGUGCCUCUCCCCCUGCAGCCCUGCCCCUCGAACUGUGACAUGGAGAGAGUGACCCUGGCCCUUCUCCUACUGGCAGGCCUGACUGCCUUGGAAGCCAAUGACCCAUUUGCCAAUAAAGACGAUCCCUUCUACUAUGACUGGAAAAACCUGCAGCUGAGCGGACUGAUCUGCGGAGGGCUCCUGGCCAUUGCUGGGAUCGCAGCAGUUCUGAGUGGCAAAUGCAAAUGCAAGAGCAGCCAGAAGCAGCACAGUCCUGUACCUGAGAAAGCCAUGCCACUCAUCACUCCAGGCUCUGCCACUACUUGCUGAGCACAGGACUGGCCUCCAGGGAUGGCCUGAAGCCUAACACUGGCCCCCAGCACCUCCUCCCCUGGGAGGCCUUAUCCUCAAGGAAGGACUUCUCUCCAAGGGCAGGCUGUUAGGCCCCUUUCUGAUCAGGAGGCUUCUUUAUGAAUUAAACUCGCCCCACCACCCCCUC